CUGAGUCUUCCGGGUGGUGAUCUCUGAAAUUGCUCAGUGAGCACCCCUAAUUUUGCUGAUUUAUUGCUGAUAAUCACUCACAAUGGAAACCAAUCAAAAAUGCGGGGAUGGACUGACUGGCACGCAGAAAGAGGCUGCACUGCGCGCUCUCAUCCAGCGCACAGGAUAUCAGUUACACCAGGAGAAUGGCCAGAGGAGAUAUGGUGGCCCGCCUCCAGGCUGGGAAGGCCCACCCCCUGAGAGAGGCAGUGAAAUAUUUGUGGGCAAGCUACCACGGGACCUCUUUGAGGACGAGCUGGUGCCUCUCUGUGAAAAAUUUGGCAAAAUAUAUGAAGUACGAAUGAUGAUGGAUUUCAAUGGCAACAAUCGAGGUUAUGCUUUUGUUACCUUCAGCACAAAACAAGAAGCCAAGAAUGCAAUGAAGCAACUCAAUAAUUAUGAAAUCAGGAAUGGCCGGCUCCUGGGGGUCUGUGCAAGCGUGGACAACUGUCGCCUCUUUGUGGGGGGCAUCCCCAAAACCAAGAAGAAAGAGGAGAUCCUGGCAGAGAUGAGGAAGGUGACUGAUGGUGUGGUGGAUGUGAUCGUCUACCCCAGUGCAGCGGACAAGAGCAAGAACCGCGGCUUCGCCUUUGUAGAGUACGCAAGUCAUCGAGCCGCUGCCAUGGCUAGGAGGAAACUGCUUCCAGGAAGGAUCCAGCUGUGGGGACACGCCAUCGCUGUGGACUGGGCAGAGCCAGAAGUGGAGGUGGAUGAGGACACUAUGGCCACUGUAAAGAUCCUCUACGUGCGGAACCUAAUGCUAGCCACAUCUGAGGAAACCAUCGAGAUGGAGUUCAAUGCCAUCAAACCCGGUGCAGUAGAGAGGGUAAAAAAGAUCAGAGACUACGCUUUUGUACACUUCUCCCAGAGAGAGGACGCCAUCACAGCUAUGAAUGCACUGAAUGGCAAGGUUAUCGAUGGGUCUCCAAUCGAAGUGACUCUAGCCAAGCCAGUGGAUAAGGACAGUUAUGUUCGCUACACUCGUGGCACAGGGGGGAGAGGAGGGGCUUUACUGCAGGGCGAGUACACCUACACACUAGGCCAAAUGUAUGACCCCUCCGCCACCUACCUGGGUGCACCUGUGUUUUAUGCCCCCCAUGCAUACACAGCUCUUCCUAGUCAGUUCCGCUUCCCCCCUACGAAAGGUCAUGUGGGCACACGGGGUCUCGUGCGCUCGCCUUCUGUUAGAGGGGCGGCGGGUGUGCGUGGUUUGGGCGGCCGAGGAUACCUCGCCUACGCUGGCGUGGGUCGCGGCUGCCCCACCUACCAGUUAAAGACCGACAAACGCCCCGAGGACAAACUCUAUGACCUGCUCCCUGGCAUGGAGCUCACUCCCAUGAAUCCUGUGACCCUGAAACCCCAGGGAAUCAAACAUUCUCCGCAGAUCUUGGAGGAUAUAUGUCAGAAGAAUAACUGGGGACAACCAGUGUACCAACUGCACUCUGCCAUCGGACCAGAUCAGAGGCAACUAUUCCUUUACAAAGUCACUAUCCCUGCACUGGCCAACCAGUAUCCAAGCAUCCACCCAACAAAGCUGUGCGCUGCAGCGGACGAGGCUAAAAGCCACGCUGCGGAGCAUGCACUGCAGACCCUGGGGCUGCAGACAGAGGGCGCCGAUGUAUCUGCAGCGGCAGCAUUCCCAGGUUAUGCAAUAGCCAACACGGCUGCUACAGUUGCUGCUUCCCAUCUCAAACAGGCCAUUUCUCUGGGCCAAGAGCUAGCAGCUUACACCACCUAUGAGGGCUAUCCAGCGUUUGCUGUUGCUACCCGUGGAGAUGGUUACGGAGUGUUCUAGAAACCCACCAGUGACUACGUUUCUACGGACAUCAGAUUCUGUAUCAUUGAUUUCUGUUUGACACAAUGUGUCUUACUACACCUUAACCCAAGAAUGCUUGCUUUCUUUGAGUGGAGAUGGAUGCUAAUAUUAGCACACAGUAGACUGCCAUCAUUAUUUAGUUCACCUUCCAACAUGUGCCUUUUUUCUAUUUAUCUCAGGAAUAUGUCAUUCCAACAGCAUUUCAGCCCAAUCUCUUAUAGAAAAGUAAGUCCUCUUCGUCCAUAAUGGUCUCAGGACUUUGAGGUAUGAGAUAAAGAUGAGAAACCUGUAUAUUGAUUGAUUGGAUAUAAAUACUUUGGUAAAGUUAGUGGUAAUUAUUUAUUUUAUAUACCCUGUUAGAGUCAGUUCUGUUUCUUACACAUCCUCUAAUGACAAGUGAUCAAGAUUAAAUUUGGACCCUUUCUAAAUAAAAGAUUAUAUAAAAUAUAAAAUAUCCUCAAAAACCAAACACUACUCCAAAUAAGUAGCUUUGGAGGACAGUGUAUUGGCAUAGGGAGCUUUCAUACUUUUUGUUGUUUUAAAGUAAAUGCUAGUUUUGUUUCAGUAUUUAACAAGUAAAAUAUCAGGAAUGUUUAAUAUAAAAAAACAAGCAUACAUAAGCUUUCAUAUUUAGCUGGUAAUAUUGUCUUUUUGUCCUUUUUUAAGAUAUAUGUAACACUUAUAGUCAUUUAGUUCCUAGGUCUUUUCCUUAUAGCAUUACUUUUUUUCAGGCUUUCUACCUACCACAAGCUUUGAAUGUCCCAUUUCAUUGUUUGAUGAGCAAUGAAUGUGAAACUGUUAUCGUGACACAUUUUGUCGAGUACAGCAAUGCCUAAGCAGUGACAGUAUUAAAGUGUGUGUAGCACUUAGAAACUUAUUUUUAUACUAGAAUUCCAACAUUUGUAUGAAGGUGUUUUAAAAUACUACAAAUCAUCUGUCUCAAUGAUUGGCAUUAGAACCAGAGGGAAAAUCAUAAAAGGUGGACUGGGGGAUAUUUCAGUUCAGAACAUCAUUGUGCUACAAAAUGAGAAUGAGAGAUGGGAUAAUUCAAACCUGUCA